AUGUACGCCGUCUCCACCGCCCCUCACGACUACCGGAGAGACACUGCGGCGGGCGUUUUCCUGGAACUUCGCUUCCAUGCCCGUCUCCACGAGUCGGGGACGUUUAAGAAGCCCGGCUGGGCGCGGACACCGGGCUUGCGGCCCCCGCGGGGCAUGCGGCCGGGGCCCGCACGGUCCCGCUCGUUCCUUAGGGCGCUGCGGGAGCUGGGCGGCGCGGGCCGGGGACGGCGGCUCCCGACUGGCGGCGGCGCGCCCCCGGGCCGUGAAUGCGACUCGCCCCUCGGCCGCGCUGCCCGCCCGCCCGCCCGCCGGGACGCGGUAGGGACGCCCGGCUCCACUGCGAUGGCAGUUGGCGCGCUGUCCAGUUCCCUCCUGGUCACCUGCUGCCUGAUGGUGGCUCUGUGCAGUCCGAGCAUCCCGCUGGAGAAGCUGGCCCAGGCGCCGGGGCAGCCGGGCCAGGAGAAGCGCGAGCACGCGUCUCGGGACAGCCCGGGGCGGGUGAGCGAGCUCGGGCGCCCGGCGAGGGACGAGGGCGGCGGUGGCCGGGACUGGAAGAGCAGGGGCGGCCGCGGGCUCGCCGGCCGGGAGGCGUGGAGCAAGCAGAAGCAGGCCUGGGCCGCCCAGGGCGCGGGCGCCAAGGCCGGGGACCUGCAGGUCCGGCCCCGCGGGGACACCCCGCAGGAGGAGCCGCCCGCCGCCGCCGCCGCCGCCCAGGACUCGGCGGGCCCGGACCCCGCGCCCGCGACGGAGCCGCCGGAGGAGUACGCGUACCCGGACUACCGCGGCAAGGGCUGCGUGGACGAGAGCGGCUUCGUGUACGCCAUCGGGGAGAAGUUCGCGCCGGGCCCGUCGGCCUGCCCGUGCCUGUGCACCGAGGAGGGGCCGCUGUGCGCGCAGCCCGAGUGCCCGCGGCUGCACCCGCGCUGCGUCCGCGUGGACACCAGCCAGUGCUGUCCGCAGUGCAAGGAGAGGAGGAACCACUGCGAGUUCCGGGGCAAGACCUACCAGACUCUGGAGGAGUUCGUGGUGUCCCCCUGCGAGAGGUGCCGCUGCGAGGCCAACGGGGAGGUGCUGUGCUCCGUGUCCGCGUGUCCCCAGACGGAGUGCGUGGACCCCGUGUACGAGCCCGACCAGUGCUGCCCCGUCUGCAGGAACGGUCCCAACUGCUUCGCGGAGACGGCCGUCAUCCCGGCCGGGAGGGAGGUGAGGACGGACGAGUGCACCAUCUGCCACUGCACCUACGAGGAGGGCACGUGGCGCAUCGAGCGGCAGGCCACCUGCACGCGGCACGAGUGCCGGCAGAUGUAGCCGCGGCCGCGCGCCGCCGCGGAGGGCGCUCCUACUGCGGACGCGCGGGCGGGCGCUGCGGACGGCCGCUGGAGCGGAGCGGACUGUGGACGGGGAAGAGCGGAAAACUGUCGGUCCUCUGGCUUUUCCUGGAAACGGCCACCGCAGGAGGGGGAAGUGCGUGCAUUUCAAGGCACCGCCGGGAACUGGGGGCGCGAGGCCCCUCCCCUGAUAAAUGCGCGCUCCCGCAGUGAGUACGCGCAGCGCGCCGUCGCGCGCACGGCGUUUCCGCGGCCCCUCGGCCCCUCCGUCGGGCGCGCGCGCGCACGUGUUCUGGAGACGCCGAUUAAAGGUCCGUGCUGCCAACCGUCCCCGCCGUGGGCCUGCUGUCUUUUCUGGCUCCGACCCGUCUCUCCCGUGUAGCCGAUCCCCUCCCCACCGCGGGGCUGCGCGCCCGCCGACGGGUCGUGAAACACGGGGGCUGGUUUCUCCCGGAAUUCUGCCCCCGUCCCGCCUCCUCC